GUGCCGCGCAUGCGCAGUGCGGGCGGCUCCGAGGCGCCCCCUUCUGGAAGCGGGAAGCGCCAGGGCCUGGCUCUGAGUGGGGGGGGGCGGAACCGGGAACGGAACCGGGAACGGGAUCGGAACCGGGAUCAGAACCGGGAUCGGAACCGGGGGGGGCCUCGGGCCGGUACCGACAUGAUUCGCUUCAUCCUGAUCCAGAACCGGGCUGGCAAGACGCGCCUGGCCAAGUGGUACAUGCAGUUCGACGACGACGAGAAGCAGAAGCUGAUCGAGGAGGUUCACGCCGUGGUCACCGUCAGGGACGCCAAGCACACCAAUUUUGUCGAGUUCCGCAAUUUCAAGAUCAUUUACCGUCGCUACGCCGGCCUCUAUUUCUGCAUCUGCGUCGACGUCACCGACAACAACCUGGCCUACCUGGAGGCCAUCCACAACUUCGUCGAGGUGCUCAACGAGUAUUUCCACAACGUCUGCGAGCUCGACCUCGUCUUCAACUUCUACAAGGUGUACAUGGUGGUGGAUGAGAUGUUCCAGGCUGGGUUGGGGCUGAUUUUGGGUUAUUUUAGGCUAUUUUUGCCAUUUUUUCUCCAAUUUUUUCCAAUUUUUUCCAAUUUUUUCCGAUUUUUUUGCAGAUUUUUGCAGAUUUUCCCCAAUUUUCCCUAAAUUUCCCUUUUUCCCCCAUUUUAGUUGUUCACAGUGGUGGCUGAGAUGUUCCAGGCUGGGUUGGGGCUGAUUUUGGGUCAUUUUUAGUCAUUUUUGGGCCAAUUUUGGGUUAUUUUGGGCCAUUUUUGUCCAAUUUUUUCCCAUUUUUUUCCAGAUUUUUGCAGAUUUUCCCCAAUUUUCCCUAAAUUUCCCUUUUUUUCCCCAUUUUUAGGUGUACACAGGUGGUGGAUGAGAUGUUCCUGGCCGGGGAGAUCCGCGAGACGAGCCAGACCAAGGUGCUGAAGCAGCUGCUGAUGCUGCAGUCCCUGGAAUGACCCAAAAUUCCCCAAAAUUCCCCAAAAAUCCCCAAAAUUCCUCCCCCAGCCGUCAGUGUUAUCGUGCCGUGUAAAAAAUGUGAAUUUCUGUGCGGAAAAAGUGACCAAAAAUGGGAAUAAAUGGGUUCAACGUGAGGAAAA